AUGGGUGCCGAGGGUGACGCGCCACCCGCUUUAACGCUGACGCGGGCAAUCGGCCUCACCGGAGAGUUUCCGGGCGCCGUCGCGUGGUGCCCGGAUGGCAACACGGUGGCGUAUCCGGUCAACUCUCUCGUCGCGUUGCACGACGUGCGAACCGGCACGCAAUCGCACUUGUUCGGCCACACCGACAGGGUCCACCUGACGUGCUUCUCCAGGGACGGGCGCGUGCUCGUCACCGGGCAGCGGGGACGGCAUCCGGUGGUCAAAGUUUGGGACGUCGCAAACGGGGGCGUUCAGGCGGCGACGCUGUACGCGCACGCGUCGGGUCUCAAAUCCCUCGACGUGUCCCCGUGCGGGCGCGCGGUGGUCGCCGCGGGGACGGACACGAGCGGUCGGCAGAUGAUCGCCGUGUGGGACAUCGGGCGAGCGAUGCGCGGGGGGUUCGCGCCGAUGACGUUACGGCACCGCACCGACUACCACGUCAACUGCGUCAAGUUUUCGCCCUUCGAGGAGGACCACGUGGUGACGUGCGGCAAGAACUCCAUUCGCACGUACAGGCUGCGCAAGGGCCAACUCCGCGGGUGCAGCGUGGACCUCGGGGACCUCAAGCUGUCGAAGCUGGCGCCCAAGUCGACGCAGUUCAACCGCAGGGACGACUUCGAGUUGAACGACUUUACGUCGCUGGCGUUUGAAAUCGGGUACGGCGUGUCGGAUCUCAACCAGAAGAAAGUCUUUUGCGCCACCGUCACGGGCGCCGUGGUUCAGGUCAACUACGGCAGAAGGCAGCUCGAGCGCGUGUUCCAGCUGCACGACGACAAGAUCAACGACCUGCGAGUCUGCGAGGGUUUCGCCGUCACCGCGUCGGACGACGGGUUCCUUCGCGUGUGGCCCGUCGAUUUCUCCGAUUUUUUCCUUGA